AUGAAUGGAGGCCAGAAUAAAUGUGGCAAGGAUACUGAAACUCAAAUAGCAAUUGAUAAUGUCUGUGAUGAUAAUUGUAUGUACAAGUUAAGUACGCUUGAGCAUAGCUACGCAACCCAGUGGAGUGCUGCUGACUCCAAUUGUCUAACUAAUGUUAAUGUGAAAGAAGAUAGACGAUAUAAAUGUACAACAUCAACAACCAAUAUAAGCAUUGGACAAUUUAAUGAAAUUAGGGAAUAUAGAAAUAGUCAGGAAAGAACUGAGAAGAAUGAGGAAGAAAAUGUUUUUAAUUACUUGCCUGUAUUCGAUGAUUUAUGGAAAAAAACCGCGCCACCACCUUACCAACCUCAACAAUUACUGGAGAGACUGAACCCACAAGAUUGUGUUGCAGACGAAAAUUCACAAAACGGAAAAAACUUCUACAACACAAGCACAGGCAGCACUGGCAGUACUGCGUCCAACAUAAAAAUGCAGUCCGAAUUAUGUGUACGAAUUCCGGAUUCAUUAACCACUGACGGCGAAGGUCAAAAUGCUUGUCCAUUGAUUUGGUGUCAAGUAGCUUAUUGGGAGAUGUCACAACGUGUUGGUGAUCGUUAUUUAGCGAAGAAGUCAUCUGUUAACAUCUAUUCUGAUGAUCCGUGCAAAGGUGACAGUAAUGAUGAUAUGUGUUUAAACGAAUUAGCCAAACAAAGAAGAACGCCAUCGCCCGACAACGUGAAAAAAAUAAGACUUAAGAUUGGUUUAGGUAUGAAACUUUUUAAAUUGAUUUAA